AUGUGGCCCACCACCCACAUUUUGGCUCUGCUCCUCGCCUUAGUAACGAACUCCUCUUCCAAAACGGUGUCCUCGGUGAUACCUCACGAUGCUCACCCCGGCUACAGUGUGAAAAAGUUCGAUCAUGCCGAAAACUUGAAACUCUUAGACUCGGACUUCUCGCAAUUCUUCACGAUGCUUCACGACGGCUCCAUCAUGACAGUAUCAGAUGUGAGUCCGCUAGUGAACCACCCCGUAGAUCUAGUCGUGCUAGAAAACAAGGGCAACGCGAGUACCACCCACUUGUUGAAGCUCUACGUCCUAGACAGGCGAAAUAUGCUCAGCUUCAAGACAGAUCCGACCGAAGAGAUCGUUGGACGAAUCAGAGAGAACUCGCCUACAGGCACCAGAAUCGCUGGCUUGCCACUCCUUCAAGCAUCCACAGACCUGGUGUCCGCUCCAGUCACAUAUACGAUCAUAGCUGGCAACUCUGCUAACUCCUUCGAGCUACAGGACAGCCUCACAGGAGACGUGCUUCCCAACGUGACUAUCAGCGAUAUACGCGGAGGUGUCAACGUCAUCACAUCUCAAGUGCUGGACCGGGAAGAAGCUAGCAGAUACAUCCUCACAAUACAAGCUGUUGAUCCUAGCGGAGUCAACAGAGCUCUGACGAACGUCGUCAUAGAAGUGGAGGAUGAGAACGAUAACAGCCCAGUGUUCACUCAGAAAGUCUACAGGUUCGUAGUAGGUGACGACUCUAUCGAAGGCGAUAACGUAACGAUGGCUUGGAAACGGUUCUCUUCCAUCGGUAAAGUAGAAGCGACAGAUGCUGAUGGCGACAAAGUUGUGUAUAAACUAGCAACUCCAACUAACUUCCUGGUGAUAGUGCCGCAAACGGGAGAUCUGCUGCUCAGCCAAGAGCCCAUCGAAGAGAUAGAGCUGGAGCUGAUCGUAGAGGCGCACGAUCUGCGCACGCCUAGCAGGACUUCUCCUAGGCCCGCCCAGGUGAUCUUCCACUUCAAACCAGCCGAGUCCUCCAAGGUGGAGCUCGACUUGGACUUCCAACACCUCGAAGAGGUCGAGCUGCACAGGACCAAGAGACGCGUCACUAGAGCCGUGAGGCCCACCAAGCGGAUAGAGUUCACCGAGACCGAUGGGGAGACUGACGGAAGGGUUGUCUUCCAAUUGGAGAAGGAGACUGAUAGGGAGACUUUCAAGAUCAGGGACGAGAAUCCGUGGGUCACUGUGGAUCCGAACGGGUCCGUGAGGGUCAAGAAGAAGUGGGACUACGAGGAGUUGGGGCCAGAGAAGACCAUCGAUUUUUGGGUGACCAUUACAAAUGCGGAGAAAGGCGGUAAGUCUCAUGUUUCUUUGAUUUAA